AUGGCGAACGAAAAGAGAGAUGCAAAAGGCAAGAAGCUCGCCGUCAUGAACAAGUAUGUCUACGAUGCCUUUUUGUGGACAUUCUCGAUUCUCGUCGAGCUCUUCUUCCGAGAAGUCCAUCCCAGGAGUAGCUGGAAGGUGCCAAAAGAAGGCCCUGUCAUUUUCGUGUGCGCCCCGCAUGCAAAUCAGUUUCUGAUCGCCGAGAAGUCCAUGAAACGCAAGUUCGUUGGCGCAAUGGCUAGCUUGACGGGUGUUGUGCCCGUGGGACGAGCUAUGGACAUGACCAAGCCAGCAAAGGGCAAAAUCUAUCUUCCAGAUCCCAUAAAUGACCCCACGCUCGUUCGAGGUGUAGAUACAAACUUUGAAGACAAGCAGUUCCAGGUUGGCGGUUCGCUCGUUCUGCCAAAAGUAGAUAACAAGGCAGCAACUGCAGAGAUUCUCGAGAUCAAGGGUCCGGAAGAGAUCCGGCUGAAGCGUCCCUUUAAAGGGGGUGUCGCAAUGCAGCAACUGACCGGACGCAACGACAUGACCAAAGACGGCACAUUUGUUGACGGAGCCGACGCGAAAAAGGGAAUUGCUGAUGGCUACGAAGGAACAUCGUUUCAGGUUGCGCCCAAACUCGAUCAAACCGAGGUCUACGACGCUGUACAUGCGGUUCUGCAUCACGGCGGAAGCAUUGGUAUCUUUCCGGAGGGUGGUAGCCAUGACCGUACUGAUCUUCUGCCUCUGAAAGCUGGUGUUGCCAUCAUGGCUCUUGGCACAGUCGCAACCAAGCCGGACUGCAAUCUCAACAUCAUUCCCGUUGGUAUGAAUUACUUUCACGCUCACAAGUUUCGCUCAAGGGCUGUUAUCGAGUUUGGCACACCAAUCCACGUCCCACCAGAGCUUGCCAAGAAGUUUGACGGGCCCGGAAGACGAGAAGCAAUUGGCGAGAUGCUUGAGACUAUUCGACAGGGCCUUAUUGGCGUUACCGUUACGACACCUGACUACGAUACACUAAUGGUCAUCCAAGCCGUCCGUCGUCUUUACAACUCAAAGGGAACGAAACUGCCAUUGCCCAGGGUUGUCGAGUUGAACCGACGUCUUGUCCAAGGAUAUGAGCGCUACAAGGAUGACCCUCGUGUCGUGGAACUCAAGAAAGAGGUCACAACAUACAACAGAAAACUCAAAGCGCUUGGCCUCCGGGACCACCAAGUCCAGUACGCAAAGAUGCAUCCGAUCAAAGCCGCAGGUCUCUUCAUCUACCGCCUUGCAAAGCUCAUUUUCUUGAGUUUGCUCGUCCUUCCUGGAACAAUACUCUUCAGUUUGGUUUUCAUUGUUACCAAGGUUGUCUCUGUGAAGAAAGCAAAAGAGGCGCUUGCUGCUUCAAAUGUCAAGGUUCAAGCUAGAGACGUCAUGGCUACGUGGAAGCUUCUUGUUGCCAUGGCGGCCGCACCAGCCUCUUAUGCAUGGUAUGUAUGUCUCGGGCUCUAUUGGUACUCGUACAACAACUGUAACGGAUACCUUCCCGCUGGUAUUCCAAAGCGCUGGCUCAUUCUCCCACAACUUGUUGUAUACAUCACGGUCACGUAUGGCGCUCUCCGUUUCGGUGAAGUCGCCAUGGACAUUCUCAAAUCUCUUGGGCCACUCUGGAAGAUGAUGAACCCCUUUUCGAAUAGUGAACUCGUCAAGCUCCAGGAGCGCCGCGAGAAUCUUGCCAAACAGGUCAACGAUCUCAUCAACGAACUUGGCCCAGAGAUGUAUGACGACUUCCACUCGAAGCGCAUCAUUGAAGACCCCUUUAUCCGAGGAGACAAGAACGAGCGUCCUCGUACCCCGCCAAUUAAGUCUGAUGAAGACGCUCGGAUAGAGGCUGGCCAGGAUAUCGAAACGUACGACUACCCCGCCUCACCGGGUUCCAUGAAUGAAAUACCGCGCAACGAAUCUUUCCACGACCUGGCAAAUCAGGAUUUCUUUUCUAGUCGGCCGCAGACGCCCAAGAAGAGCCAUAGUAGGAGUAAUAGUAGCAUGAAUCUGGGCGGAUUCCAGCUCAAGCCAUUUAGCACUAUUGAUGGAAACAUUGAAGAGGUGAAGAGGAGGCUCACGGAUGGUGUCAAAGUAAGGAGAGGAAAGAGACGAAGCAGUGGAGAGGGAAGCUAUGAUGAUGGUGAUGAUGAGGAGCCGCUUAUGAUGGGCCAGAAGGGACGGUCGUUUACGAAGUAA